AUGGCCACGGCGGUGAAUGUCAACCGGACCAAUGCGCCACAGGCGUUCGUGUCCAGCUAUGCGCCGCGGAUCCGUACCUAUGGGAACUCGCUGCUCACUCCAGUUGUCCYCCAGACCGUUCUGCCGCACGUUCGCACCACCAAACGCGGCACCACCGCCAUCAACUACGCCGAGGAGUUUGAAGAUGAUAGUAUUGAAGAUUCAGAUGGUCCCCGCCCCGCGACCGGUUUGCGCACCGCUMAGCAGCGGCAAGGUCCAGAUCCGAUGGCCGAGAAGGUGAAGGAGUUGGGCAAGGAGGUUCAUGCGCCUGUCGAUGUGCAGGGUAUCUGGAGGGAUUGGAUGGGCAAGCCCAAACGUACCCUGACCGAGCGGCAGAUGCAUGUGCAGUCCGCGCUGCCGACCACCCUCAUUCCCAUCAAGAUCGACCUCGACGUGGCGCCCUUUCGUCCCGAGGCCGCUCUGCCCACACCCAGCAAUGCAAAGGACUUUGGAAUCGACGAGAACCUACCAGCAUACAAAGCGCCAGAACCCACCCUUCCCUACAGGCUAAAAGAUAGUUUCCUCUGGAACUUGCACGAAGCUCUCAUCACACCGGAUAUGUUCGCCAAGACUUUCGUCGAUGAGCUGGACUUUCCCGUGAUGAGAAAACAGAAUAUGAUUGUGGAGAUUGCGCAGCAGAUUCGAUUACAGCUCGAGGAACAUGCUGCGACCGCGUUGCAUCCACUGUUCCAGCCCGAUGCUAGCCAGCAGACCGCGCCAGUUACGAAUGCGCCUACUCCCUCCGCGAGGCCCGCCAUAUCUCGAGAACAUUCGUCAACUCCUCUCAACACCGAGAUCCCCACGGCAAGCCAUCUACAGCCACCUCAAAAUAUCCCGUCAUCUGACCCGUCCACUCCGAUGGUGAACGGCUCGUCCACUCCCGCACUUGCAGCGACCGCGCAGCCAAUGCCCAAAGACCCGUUGGCGUCUUCUGCAUUGAACCCACCAGAUACCCAUCGUUGCAUUAUAACCUUGUCUAUCAACAUGCAGAACAAGCUGUACACAGACAAGUUCGAAUGGUCCCUUCUUCAUCCUCCUGGAUUUCCGGAGAUCUUCGCCAGACAAACUUGCGCAGACCUUGGCCUACCCGGAGAAUGGGUUCCUCACAUGGCCCAUGCCAUUUACGAGGCCAGCCUCCGACUGAAAAAGGACAUGAUUGAUAAUGCUGGCACCCUCGCUGGUGUUGUUGGGAGCGGCGUUGAUGGAUGGGGUGUUGUGGAGAACGAAGCUUGCGAGUAUCACGGAACUGCCGAGUCCGCACUUGGCGUCGGAGCUGGCUGGAGAUUCGACGAAGACGGUCUUGGAGCCGACUGGGAGCCAAAGAUCGAAGUCCUUAACAAGGAGGAGAUCGAGAGGAGAGAAGGCGAUCGAGAGCGACAAAUUCGGAGACAGCGACGAGAAACCGCACGAUUUACCACGACAUUGCAGACGAAGAGCGGUGGAAUGGCGGAUUACUUCUCCGGUGGUCUGGGUGCAUCACAACAAUCCCUGUAUGGAGAUGACGAGCGCAUGGGACGUGGUGAACGAGCGAAGAAAAAGCGCAGGUUCAGGAGUCUGUCGCCUGCUGGACGCGACACACCAGACGUUGCCGGGUUUGGAGGCACUUCGAGCCAACUCACCGAAGUCGAAAGACCGCAUUGGCAUUGCUCGCAUUGCUAUAUCUGGGGCACGGCCAUCUGGGGUGUCAGGGAUGGUCCCGCUGGUGCAAGGACACUGUGCAAUAAUUGCGGUCUUUUAUAUGAGCGUGAUAAGCGACUUCCGCCGUGGAACCAUCGCCUCUUCUUACACGAGAAGAAUCAGGGGUCCCGAGAAGCACACCUUCCACCCCAAGCGGUCGCGCCACCCGUUCGUCAAGUCUCGCAACUCCAAUCGGACRUUGCGUCUUUCCCGCAGUCCACACCCACGCAGUCUCGCUUUGUACGCGAUGACCCGGCCAUGUCCUCUACGGGCGGUCAGGGCCAGAUCUCAGCCAGCACGCUAGCCGACAUCGUCAACUAUGCAGAACCUGGCGAAGACCUCGACUGGACCAAGAUAGUCGAACCACGGGAACGAAAGCGGCUGCAAAACAUCAUCAAUGGACGGAAGUAUCGCGAACGUCGUCUUGCAGCAGAGGGUCAUGGAGGAAGCGGUGGAAACUACCCUGGCGCGUCUGGCGUUGGGAGUUACCUUAGCCAGGGUUAUGGACAGCGUCAGUCCAGUCAGCAGAAUACUACUUCUGCCGCGCAGACUCCCGCAUGA